CGAGGAAACCCAGAGGCGGGGGGAGCCCGGGUCGGGGUCUCGCUCUGUGCUGACCGCGACCCAGGGCCGAGUAGGCUAUGGGGGAUCCUGGCUCCCUGGUCACGGAAAGCCGCACUGGUGACCGGAGCUGGUGCUUGCGGUGCGUGGGGAUGAACGCCGAGUGGCUGCUGCUGGAGGAUGGAAACGAGGUGACUGUAGGGCGAGUUGGUGUCACAUACCAGUUGGUAUCAAAAAUCUGCCCUCUGAUGAUUUCCCGAAACCACUGUAUUUUGAAGCAGAAUGCCGAGGGCCAAUGGACAGUUAUGGACAACAAGAGUCUGAAUGGUGUUUGGCUGAACAGAGAACGUCUAGAACCUUUAAAGGUCUAUUCUAUCCAUAAUGGAGAUCACAUCCAGCUUGGGGUGCCUCUGGAAAAUAAGGAGAAUGCAGAGUAUGAAUAUGAAGUUACUGAAGAAGACUGGGAGAGGAUUUAUCCUUGUCUUUCCCCAAAAAGUGACCAGAUGAUGGAAAAAAAUAAGGGCUUGAGAACUAAAAGGAAAUUUAGUUUGAAUGAAUUAGAGGGUUCUGGAGCUGAAGGCCCCUCAAAUUUGAAAUCCAAAAUAAGUAAAGUGUCUUGUGAACCUGGUCAGCCAGUGAAGUCACAUGGGAAGGGUGAAGUGGCUAGUCAACCCUCUGAAUAUUUGGAUCCUAAGUUGACUUCUCGUCAGCUAAGUGGGAAGACCACAGGGGCUCGUGUUGACUCAGGCCCCGCAGAAGUUGUAGAGCUUCAUUAUAAGAAGCAGAAAGCCUCAAAUCCUUCAGCAUCUCACAGCAGCUUAGAGCUGUUUAAGGUAACGAUGUCCAGGAUUCUAAAGCUGAAAACACAGUUGCAGGAAAAGCAGGUAGCUGUUCUGAAUGUGAAAAAGCAGACCCAAAAAGGGAACUCAAAGAAAAUUGUGAAAAUGGAGCAGGAACUGCAGGAUUUACAGUCCCAGCUGUGUGCAGAGCAGGCCCAACAGCAAGCCAGAGCGGAGCAGCUGGAGAAGACUUUCCAGGAAGAGCAGCAGCAUCUCCAGGGUUUGGAGAAAGAGCAAGGAGAAGAGGACCUGAAGCAACAGCUGGCCCAGGCUCUGCAGGAGCAUCAGGCUCUGAUGGAAGAGCUAAAUCGCAGCAAGAAGGACUUUGAAGCCAUCAUUCAAGCCAAGAACAAAGAAUUGGAGCAGACCAAGGAAGAGAAGGAGGAGGUGCAAGCACAGAAGGAGGAAGUUCUUAGCCAUGUGAAUGACGUGCUAGAGAAUGAGCUCCAGUGUAUUAUUUGUUCAGAAUACUUCACUGAGGCUGUCACCUUGAACUGUGCCAAUAGUUUCUGCUCCUACCGUAUCAGUGAGUGGAUGAAGCGGAAGACAGAAUGCCCCAGUUGUCGGAAGGACAUCAAGUCGAAAACCCACUCCCUGGUUCUAGACAAUUGCCUUCAUAAGAUGGUAGAUAAUCUGAGCUCGGAAGUGAAAGAACGACGAAUUGUCCUCAUCAGGGAACGAAAAGCAAAGAGACUGUUCUGAAGACCGUACUCCAAGGGCAUUGGAAAGACUGCCAGACAAUGGGAACUUGGGAUGGUCUGGAGGAUUCUCAAUGGACAGG